GAACAGAGAGCGGAUGGUCUGUCUCAGUGUGUCUUCUUACUAUUGUUAUGUUUGGGACCGACUGCUGAUCCACUUUAACCUACUCUUUUUCUCCAGGCCAGGACGGAAUGAAACACUGAAACUUUUUUUAAAAUAUAUGUUUUUAAACAUUUGUUUCCUUUCUAUCCAGAUUGAUCUUUUGUUGAUGGCGCGGUCUAACCAAGAUGGACACGGGUCUUCUGCUGGUUAGAGACUAGAUAGCCUAAUUCAUCCUUUUAUUCUAAAUGUAGACUUUAUCCACUCAUCCGCUGCAUUAAGUGUUAUUCAUCCAGUGGAUGUAACCAGACUGGGUCGUUUCCACCCCAGAGGUCACAUCCUAGAAUGAACAUUUUCCCACUGGAGUUUCGGUGAACUUUUUUUUUUUCCCACGACUCGCCAUGUCGGGAGUUGUCCGCACCCUGAGCCGCUGCCUGCUCCCGUCCGAGGCCAGCCGGGACCCGGGCGGCAGCAAGGAGGGCAGCCGGGAGAGGGACGCGGCGCAGGAGCGGGAGGCGCGGCGCAGGAGCCGGGAGAUAGACGCCAUGCUCGCCCGGGAGAGGAGAGCCGUCCGCCGGCUGGUGAAGAUCCUCCUGCUCGGGGCCGGAGAGAGCGGAAAGUCCACAUUCCUCAAACAGAUGCGCAUCAUUAACGGGCAGGAGUUUGAUAAAAAAGCACUUCUGGAUUUCCGGGACACUAUCUAUGAGAAUUUACUGAAGGGCAUGCGUGUGCUGGUGGACGCCCGGGACAAGCUGGGCAUCAGCUGGCAGAGCUGCGAGAACGAGAAGCAGGGCAUGCUGGUGAUGUCGUGGGAGGGGCGCGUGGGCGGCUCGGGAGUCGAGCCAAGCGAGUUUCAGCUGUACGUGAUGGCACUGAGCGCUCUGUGGGCGGACGCCGGCAUACAGGAGGCCUACGCACGACGAUCUGAGUUCCAGCUGAGCGAGUCGGUCAAAUACUUCCUGGAUAACUUGGAUCGUAUUGGUCAACUGAACUUCAUCCCAAGCAAGCAGGACAUUUUGUUUGCGAGGAAGGCGACGAAAGGCAUCGUGGAGCACGACUUUAUCAUCAAGAAGAUCCCUUUCAAGAUGGUGGACGUCGGAGGGCAGAGGUCCCAGAGGCAGAAGUGGUUUCAGUGUUUUGACGGGAUCACGUCGAUACUCUUCAUGGUUUCGUCGUCAGAGUACGAUCAGGUCUUGAUGGAGGAUCGGAGGACAAACCGUUUGGUGGAGAGCAUGAACAUCUUUGAGACCAUCGUCAACAACAAGCUCUUUCUCAACGUGUCCAUCAUCCUCUUCCUCAACAAAACAGACCUGCUGGUGGAAAAGAUCCGCACGGUGGACAUCCGCAAGAACUUCCCCGAGUUCAGAGGAGACCCACGCAGGCUAGAGGACGUACAGGCGUUCCUGGUGCAGUCGUUCAGCCGUAAGAGGAGAAACCGGGGGAAGCCGCUCUUUCACCACUUCACCACCGCGGUGGACACGGAAAACAUCCGCUUUGUGUUUCACGCCGUCAAGGACACCAUCCUGCAGGAAAACCUCAAAGAUAUUAUGCUGCAGUGACCUUCAGGCUGCAGACGACGGCCUUCUCUGACUGUAAACUGUGAAAACCAGCCAUGAAUCCAGACCCGGAGGACUCAGCGACCCACCAGCUCAUAUUAACACUGACCUGUGGAGGAGUCGGUGGAUUUAACUGAACUCUGAACCUGUGGAGCCCUGAAGGGACUCUGGACCUGUUGGCCCCUGUGGAAACUGUGAGGGUCGUAGAGGACAUGACCCUGAAUAAAACCUGCAUGAAUGUGUGAAUGCUGGAAAGACGGUCACCUCCUUGUAGCUGUAGUGUUCUCGCCUUCAUACACAGGUUAGAAAUGUUUUUAAAAAAGAAGAUAAAAAAUAGAGAAAAGCACCAACUACAUGACAUGAGCACUGAAAGUGUUUUUUUUCUAAGAUGUAUAUAUGUAUGUAUAUAUAUAUAUAUAAAAUAUGACUAUUGACAACCCUGUCACUAAACAUAAAAGUCAGACUGCUGCCGGGUGAGAUGUAGCUGGAUCAAGCUGUGUGAGAGAAAAAAAAAAAAGCAGGAGACAGGAAGGAUUUAGGAAAGUAGAGAGAGAGGCUGAAGAAUGCCUUGUCCUAGUGUUCACGUGACGGAGGGAGAGGGGUGAGGGUUGGGGCUCAUACUGGUCAUAUGCUGUGUUAUGUGAUAAGGUUGCACAAAAGUUCCUGUCAGUGAACUUUAACAGAGAGAGGAAAAAAAGAUGAGUCUCUCUCUUCUGCCUAUCUUUACUUCUCAACCCCUGCUUGUGUUUAUGACUCCCGCCAUCAUACCGGAGAUGAACAGCUGCAGAUAACAAGUCUUAUCCUACAGCUCUCUCCUCUGCGGCACAAUAGACGGACUGUUCUUCUCCUCCCUCUCCAGCAGAAACAGGAGACGGUCAAAUUAGAGACUCUUCUUAGUUUGAAGAAACACAGAAACACACAGCUCCUGGUCUCGCUUGAAUUAUGGUCCAUCUCUAUCCCAAUGCCUUUACUUGUGUUUCCCUCCGACAUCCCAGUAGAAGUACCACAAUGGCCUAGACUUAAAUUGAGGUAUAUGAUAAGUAUCCCCUUUACAAGAAGGCUUUGGUAUGCGGCUACACUAAUAGUUUUUUGGGGUUCUGCAAACGUGAAGGGAAGAGCAGAGAAUGACAGGGUUGAACUGUAAAUGACCUAGUUACCAUGUUGCCGGCGGCCAUUUUGGACUUCUGUAGCAGUCAGGGUGGGAAGUUUAGCUAGAUGAUUGGCACAAAACAAGUCAAACACACCAGAGUGAACAAAAACUCUUAUGCAGAAGAAACACAAACAGUCUCUUUCCUGCACUGAGUCCAGUAUUUUUAACAGACCUUCGAGUUACCAUGGAAAGAAAAACGUCUUCCUUUUUUAUUACGUUUGUUUGUUUAGGUCUAUUGCUGCAACAGCUACUUGAUUAAUUAGUCAGUGGGCAACAUUUUGGAUAAUCAAUUGAUCGUCAUUUAUCAAGCAAACGUGCAGUUUCCAGCGUCUCAAAUGCGACAGUUUGCUCGUUGUUCCUGUGUUAUAUUAUUGUGAGUUGAAGGUGUUUGAGUUUUGGACUGUUUGUCUGGCAAAGCAAGUCAUUUAAAGACUUGGCAGAAGGAAUAUGUGUUUACUAUUUUCUUUUUUAAAGCUGAACUAGUGAAUAUUUUCAUUUUAUUUUACUGUUUAAUGUGAAAGGGGUUGUUCUUAUUAACAAUCGCUUGACUCUGUAGUUCCACUCAGCUUUAAAGAACAUUGUAACUUCUUUCAAGCUCAUUGUUUUGGUUUUAAAGCUGGCAACUAAGUUCACUCAAACCCACUUCACACCACCUGUCCAGCGCCAAACAACCAAUAUACACAAUUAGCAGUUAACCGGUAAACACAGUGGAGCAUCUUGCAGCUAAAGAUCCAGAUAUUUCCCUCAGGAGAUGGUUGAGACCAAAGCAGAGCUAAAAGGCGAGUGAAUAUUGGUGAUACAUUCAUGUGGGGAUCAGAAACACGACUGUAACUGUUCUCUAAAACGUUCUUCAUAUCAACUUUUUAAGAUGAUAAGACACAUCGGCCACUUUAUCAGGUGCAAUGUCUCCAUCACCUUGUGAAUGCAGGCCACAAAUAUUUCAGGUUGUUCUGGAUGAGAAGGUGGGUCUUAACAAGUGUUAGAAAAAUGUACCUAAUAAAGUGGCCACCAAUUGUGUGUCUACAGCUUUUGGCCUAAAAACAGUAACCGAGAGAUUAUAACUGAUAAAAAAGAACCACUAGUUGCAGCCCUAUUUCCCCAGUGACAGUCAGCUGGUAAUGUAGCAUUAAAAAAAAGUACAGUCGCUAUGGUUACUUGCAGUUUGGUGAUUAAACUGUUGACCAGAACUGGUUCCCAACAUUUGCAUGAUUUGGUACGCAGCAGUAGGACACAUAGCUGGGCGGCUCCUCCCACCAUGAGUAUUAAGUCCAAAUGGCCUCGAGGGGAAUGAGGCGGAUCAUGAGCACUUCCACACGCCUUAUUGUUAUAAUACUGUAUUAAACUGUGUCAUUUGUAUGUAUUUGUGUGUGUUUGCAUAGUGACUUAAGGCCCUUUUUUUGUGCAUGUUCAUACAUCCUGUACAUAGAAUACUGUAAGUAUUGGACUGACACUGUGUAUAAUGUGGUAACCUGACAAUACAAACACCACUCUGUCUAACAGUAUCACUGUAACUGUAACGUUGCUGUAACAUUUGUCGAUAACUAACCUACCUUUUCCACUCACUUAAGUUUUUGUUUUUUUUGUAAGUGUCGUCAUUGCACUGGAUGCGUCCGAAAAGAAAACAACCAGAAAGGAAAACCUCUGGGGAAAAAUGAAACAAACAAAAAGAAACGGCAGACUUUUUAAAAGGCGAUGAGAAGGAUGAGAAGAGGGAGGUCUUCUGCUUUUGUGUGUGUUUUUUUUGUUUUGUAUCCCAGUGCCUUGGCUUUGUGCUCUGUGGUGAAAUACACUGCCGUUUGCUGACAUGCUGUUUCUUUAUUUUCUCAGUGUGGGCGUCUGUGUGUGUUUAAAUGUGUGUAUACGGCAAAGCAAGAGGUUAAGACCUUCUGCGUUGGAAAGUGGUAGAAAGAUUAGAAGAGAGGAGGGAGAAG